CCCGGGAUAUUGAGACGGUAAACUUUACUUUUGUGCUGUUUGUUUCGUUGUAUGAUAAUUACGUUUUAUAAGUUUAUGGACUGUAUAUUUGGACUUUCCUACAUAAAAGAGUGUUGUAUUGUUUACUAACAUUCAGUCAAUUUAAUCUCAAUUUUUAAAAUUGUACCUAGAUAAUACAGCAUAAGGCUAGGUUAAAGACCAUUUCCAUCCCUUCUCAGCUUUUUAUGAUGAAUGAAGAUAUUGAGUUUGUCAAACCCAAAGAAAGAAGAUACAACCGAAGAUCAAGUUUUUUUCAGAGGAGCACUGUUUCUCUCUUCACUGACUCUCCAACCAGUUCAUCUGCUAGAUCAGACUCCCCGACUGAAAGCAAUGUCACUAGACCUGCGGAAAACGAGAAAACUGAGUAUCUCAAGGAACUAGAAAAAGAAAAACGAGAAUGGAAGGAACUGUUGCUCCAAAAGAAGAAGCAGCUUAAAGACCUGAAAGAGAAAAGUGCUCAGGUUGCUCCUAGUGUGGAUUUCUUGACCCCAGAAGACAGGAAGUUUCUGGAGGACAGGCCAAACUAUUUGGCGAUUGGAAGACUCUUGGAUAACGUUACAGAACUUGUUUUGAUCAAAGAGAGACGAAUAAAUGCCACAAUUGAAAAGGUCAACAAUCUAAUCAAUAGCUGUGAGAAUACUUGCAAUGACAAAGCAGAUAGUGUGAUUGAUUAUUUCUUAGAUGAUUUUGGUGAAUUCAAGGAAGAUGCUCCAGCAAGUUAGUGUGUUGUCUAUUACAAAGGACUUUUUUAAAGAAUAAAGCAUCUAUAAUUUAAAUUUUGUUUCUAUUAGUCUAUAUCAAUAAAGUACU